GGUAUAUCAUUUUAUAUAUUGAACCAGUAAUGAAAUCUCUCUUCUGUCAUCAAAAACUGUCGAUAGGCGUCGGUGAUCCAAGAUCAUCUGCGUCAGAACCUCAGGAAUGAUAGAGUCCAUGGAAAAAUUCACGGAAGACUACGCAGUCAGAAAAGUCAUAAAUCAAAACCAAGUAAAUGACCUAAAAGAACUCUUGUUCAUAAAGUUCAGUGGCCUGCAUUUAAGGAGCGUGGAAAAUUUGCAAUGUUGCAUCUCACUCAAAGUUUGCAUUUUGUCCAACAAUUAUAUUAAAAACAUGGAUGCAUUUGAAUUUUGUUUUCAGUUGGUCAAACUAGAUCUCCAUGGAAAUCAGAUGCAGAGUCUACCAGGUUCCAAAUUUUGGACUAGGCUGAAGAAAUUAAAACUGCUCUAUCUUCACAAUAAUGGGUUUGGAAGUCUAAAGACUGUGUCUUCACUCUCUAGCUGUCCUAAUCUCAUCACCCUCACGAUGUUCGACACUCCUGUGAGCUUAGAGAGAGCAUACCGACACUUUAUUGUCAACUGUGUACAGUCUCUCAAAGUCCUGGAUCAUUAUGUAAUUUCUGACGAAGAAAUAAUCCAAGACUGGCAUCUUCCUGACAAAUACAAAACUUUUAGCCGUCAUCUUUUUCUUGAUCUAUGCCCUGUACGGAGAAAGAGGACAUCCUUUGAGGAGGAAAUGAACAUGAUAACAAAUAUUCUUUCAAAAGUCAAUACAAUCGUGGCUCAAUAUUCACCAGUGGUGAUUGUUCAAAAAUGGAUUCGGGGAUAUUUAACAAGAAGGAAAUAUAGGAAGAUUUUCUUGCAUAAAAGGAAACACCACAGACAUUACAACUUCAGUGGAGCAAAACAGAUUUACGUUUUCUACAGACCUGCCAUGUAUGAUCAUAAAAGCUUUAUGCACCAUAUCAUUAACUCAGCACAGACAACUGAAAAAGCAAAGAUUGCAACUGGGACACCGAUUGUGCAUGCUAUUGAUCUACAAACACUACCUGGCUUCCACUCUGCAGGGCAUGAAGAAUUGGCUUCCUAUGUUUUAUCAGAAUUAAAAAGAAAAGAGAAGACAGCACGCAAGGAAGGAGGCCACCCAGUGCAAAAAUAUUUUUUUAAGGAUAAAGAGGACCUCAGUGUGGAAGAAAACCUAAACGUGAACUUCAGGAUUUCCGUUUCUAGAGCUCCUAUGCAUGACCCAGAACUGGAGAAGAAUAUUGGAAUGGUGUACCAACAGCAAAAACAAGAUCACCAACCUGAGAUUCCCCGGUUUGCUCCUAUUCUUCCUCACCACACUUCCAAACAUAAAAUUGACUACCACCAGGCGAGAAAGGAGAAGAGACUUUUUGCCAAGACAGGUGAAUCUAUGCGACUGGCACCAUUAUAUGCCAUUGACAAAACCUAUAAGGAGAAACAUAAAUGUGAAGAACGGAGGAAAAGAGCCCACAAAGUCCAUCAAGUCCAAAUGGCCAGGAAUGAAGUGAACCAAAAUGUUCGGGAGUUUUUAGAGAAGAAAAAAGACUACGUCCAAAAGCAAUGUGAAAAAGAUAAUAGGAAAAUUCAAGGAAGUCUGGAACAAGUUCAGCUGAGAAGAUCCCAAUUAAUCCAGGAAGCCAGGCAAAGAAGGUCUCUGUUUCUAGAAGAAAAGAGGCGAAAUGCGGCGGAGCGUUUAUUGGCUCGAAACUUUAACAAUCAACAUGCCGCUUUGACGAAGGAAUUGUUUAGACUUGACAGAUCGAGGAAGAAAGAGGAUAUUGUGGAAGAAAAAAGCCUCGUGGUUAAGGAAUGCAGAGAAUCUCACAAACGUUGGAAGGAGGUGGUUAGAAAAAUGCAAGCAGAGAGACAAGCAGUGAUACAUGCAAGGUUAUGUGAAGAAAACUUGGCUGUUAAUACCAGAGCUUUCCAGAAGGCCAAUGAGAGAAUACUGCAAGCCAAGGCAAAAGUUGCUAUGAUGAACAGCCAAAAUACGCACAUAAAUCCUUUUUAAGCAAUUCUUACUUCUCCAUUUCUG